GCGAGGUUGUGCCUCAGCCAACUAUGGAUGGUGGGAAGAGGUCUGCGCUGGGAGUCUGUUGGUCAGUGCUGGGCGAAUCCACCCUUUAAGGGAAGAGAGAGCUUUGAGAGCUGAGAGCCUCAUACGGACAUCGGGGGAAGGGCUGUUGGGAGGUGACUGCUCGAUGUGAGGAAAGCACCUCCUACCUGCGCUUUUUGGAUUUGGGAUUGGGCUGAUAAAGCCCCCUGCCUCAGACGUCUCCCCUCACUGUGCGGAGCGCACGCUACUUCAGACGCCACCGCAGCGCAGCGGACGCGGCAGAGGAGCGCCGGAGGAGUGAAGGAUAUCAUAGGAGCACCACUGUUCUUGCAAGUGCCACGAGAGGCUUCAAAAUGAGAUGUUUUGGGAACUGAGAAAAAAAUAGGACUGGAAAAUAAAGGACUGCAGUUCUGUUUUUUCGAAUCUGUGUCUAUGAGCAAUUGCUGAUGGAGGGUUUCUACCGUAACAACUCUGGAGACUCUCUAGAAGACUUGGAUCCCUGCCCGCUCUCGCUCAGCGGCACCACCUUCCUCAUCAUGGCCUACAGCGCCAUGCUGGCCGUGGGAUUGCUGGGCAACACGUGCCUGGUUGUGGUCAUCCUGCGACAGAAGGAGAUGCGCAACGUGACCAACAUCUUCAUUGCCAACCUUUCGUGUUCCGACAUCCUCAUGUCUAUCUUGUGCUUGCCCUCGACCAUCGUCUACACGCUCAUGGACACUUGGAUCCUUGGAGAGACCCUGUGCAAGCUGUCACCGUUUGUCCAGUGCUCGUCAAUCACAGUCUCCACCUUCACCAUGGUCCUCAUCGCACUGGAGAGGCACCAGCUUAUCAUACACCCGACCGGUUGGAAGCCUGCAGUCGUGCACUCGUACCUGGCCGUGGCCGUUACCUGGAUAGUGGCGUGCUUCAUCUCCCUGCCUUUACUCUCUUUUCACGUGAUCCAUGACUUGCACAAAGACAACCUAAGCCUUCCCACCAAUACAUCAGUUGAACACAUAGUUUGUAUGGAGGAAUGGCCAUCGAGGGGGAACCGGCUAGCCUACGUGACGUCGCUGUUGAUGUUUCAGUACUGUCUGCCACUGGUGCUCAUCACCGUGUGCUACUUGCGCAUCUUUCUCCGUCUCAGUCGCCGGAAAGAUAUCAUCGAGAGGACUCGAGAUGCACGCCAAAGGAAGGCCAAGCACUCCAAGCGGAUCAAUGUCAUGCUGGCCUCCAUCGUGGCGGUGUUCGCCCUCUGCUGGUUGCCACUGAUCGUGUUCAACACCGUGUUCGACUGGAACCACGAAGCGAUGCCGGUGUGCUACAACACUGUCUUCUCGUUGUGCCACCUCACAGCCAUGGCAUCCACGUGCGUCAAUCCCAUCAUCUACGGCUUCCUCAACAACAACUUCCAGAAGGAGCUGAAGUCGUUGCUGUACCAGUGCCGCUGUUGGGGGGCACCAGAGAACUAUGAGAGUUUUCCACUGUCCACCGUCAGCACGGACGUAACAAAGGGCUCCGUUCUCAGCAAUGGCUCUGUUAGCAUCAAUGUCUCGCAACAGCAACAAGAGAAAGAGAGUCUGGAAAUCAAUGCAUAAUAAAUAUUCGUUGGUCUGAGUUGCAGUUGCCAGGUUUAGGCCCGUACAAUAAUUCAAGAUGGCUCUAUAAUGCUCAUGCACUGAACUAUGCUUUAUGCAUAGUCAUUGGCCAGUUGGAAAAUUGAGAACUCUGACUGGAUAGUGGACGCUAUUACGAGUGACAGCAGCUUGUGGUCACGAAAGGAAAGUUUGUGAGCACUAUGUAAAAAAUGGAGAAUCUUUUCAAUUCCUCUUGUCAAGAAGACAAACUUUUAGCAACUUUGGUGUUUUUCAGAAAGAAGUUCAACAGUGUACAAAGGCCUUAAGGUUGAAUUGCCUCGCUACCCUUUGCCUCAAUACGUGAUCCAGUUCUAGACAUAGAGAUCGGUAAAGCGACAGGUGAUCACCACGUUCGUCACUUUCUAGAUCACUAGAUGCCUCCAAGGUCACAACUGUAGGUGUAGAUAAAUUGGAACCAGCAGUGUAAAUAAUGACCUCAAUCUCGUUGUCUCUGUAAAUAAUGAAAGAUGGCCAUUGUAAUUAGAUCAUUUUGAUAUUUUAUAACAAGUAUAAGCAAAAUUAUAGACAGAUAGACUGAUAUAGAAUUAUAAACAGUCAGAUAUCUUGCUGUAGUGACAUUUAGAAGCCAAAAAUAAGAGAGUUCUAUGUUAGUUUCUUCAGUGAUGGUAAAUGUUAGAGAUCCUUCCAAGCCUAUUGUGUUGAAUGAUCAUGUAGAUUCUUUCAAAAACUUGCACCGGCAACUUGAGCACUUCAGGGUGUCAAGAAUUUGCCAACAAACAAGAUGCAGUGAGUUUGUGACAGAGGAAUUGUAUAAUGUAACGUUCCAAACAUGGAGCGCCCAGUCAUUUUUAAUGCGGACAUGUAAUGCGUACACUACUGAAGUUAUGCUUAUAGAACUCUCCUGUGAUCUACACUAUAUCGGUGUCAUAUACAAUUGCGAUAUACAGUACUGUGCAAAAGUCAGAGACCACCCUUCUUUUAUUUUCAUUCAUCCAGAUUGAGGGGAUCAAUGCAAGUUUGGGGAUGUAUAACAACAUCUGGAGGUGUUGAUUAAAGGCAUCAUUAAUGCCGCUAAGUACAAACUUUAAUACAUCAUGCUAGACCCUCUGGAAACUGUUUGUUGUGGAGGAAAUUCACUCUCCAGCAAGAUGAUCCCAAACAGACUGCAAAUAAAAAAAAUCCAAAUCAAACAAAAAAAAAA